AUGUGUAUUGAUUACCGCCAGCUGAACAAGGUUACAGUGAAGAACCGUUAUCCUUUGCCUCGCAUUGACGAUCUGUUUGACCAGCUUCAGGGCGCACAGGUGUUCUCUAAGAUUGACUUGUGCUCAGGUUACCAUCAGUUGAAGAUUCGGGAGCCAGAUAUCCCGAAGACUGCUUUCAGGACUCGGUGUGGUCAUUACGAGUUUCUUGUUAUGUCCUUUGGGCUGACUAAUGCCCCGGCAGCUUUUAUGCAUUUGAUGCACAGUGUAUUCAGGCCAUAUCUUGACUCGUUCGUGAUUGUUUUUAUUAAUGAUAUUCUGGUGUAUUCCCGGAGUCGGCAAGAUCAUGAGCAGCAUCUGAGGACCGUGCUACAGACCUUGAGGGAGAAAAAGUUAUAUGCAAAGUUCUCAGAUGAGGAAGAUGAUGAAUCAAUAGCAGAAAACUUCAAACGGGUGGCUAGGGAUGGGGAUCUAUCACCUACAGCUAGUGCUAAAGGAGGUAAGAAAACAAAGAAGAAUCAUAAUAAAGAGCCAGAACAACCUUCAAGAAUUAUGCCCAGGAGGGCAGCUUCUCUAUCUAAAUGA